CGAAGCAUUGACGUGUACGCAGUUUCUUUCAGUUUUCCUCAAUUUUCAACGUACACUAUUCUAAUUUAGCUCCUGAUUAUUAUUCAUGAUAACCCCAGUUUGAUAAGAAAUACUUUCUUCGUCUGUCCAGAGUCUCCGGAAGUUUUGAAGAGCAUCGAUCCUUCAUGCCAGGACGGACGAGGAUGAUAAGGUUAUCACCGUGUACGUUAAUUUUGGUGCAUUUUACUCAGAUCCCCCAUCGAGAUCAUGUAUUCCUAAUUUAAAAAGAAAAUCUCCACAAGCCCGAGUGAGGAACCUAGGGCAAAAAUGAAGCCGACGAUGACGGCGAACCAAAAUAAUCCGGUGUUUGCUCGGGUCGGUUCCGCGUUGUUUUAUGGGGUUUCGUCGUUUAUGAUCACCGUGGUGAACAAAACAGUGUUGACGACCUUCGGUUUUCCGUCAUUUCAAUUUCUGGGCAUCGGACAGAUGGUAGCGACGAUAUUAGUCCUCUUCAUCUCAAAGAAGCUCCGCUACGUGGACUUUCCUAACCUAGAAACUUCCACCCUGACCAAGAUUUGGCCGCUCCCUAUCAUCUACAUCGGCAAUAUGAUUUUUGGACUUGGGGGAACAAAGCAGAUUAGUCUUCCAAUGUUUACUGCACUCAGGAGAUUCAGCAUCCUUAUGACGAUGAUCGCAGAAUUCUACAUUCUCGGAAUCAAGGCUCGAGCCUCCAUCCAGGUUAGUGUAUAUACCAUGGUUUUUGGUGCUCUUCUGGCUGCCUCCAAUGAUCUCGCCUUCAACUUAGAGGGCUACAUCUUUAUUAUUUUCAACGACAUCUUCACCGCAGCCAAUGGUGUCUACAUGAAGAAAAAAUUGGACUCAAAGGAACUUGGAAAGUACGGCUUGAUGUACUACAAUUCCCUAUUUAUGAUCAUACCAGCGAUCCUCAUAGCCUGGUGGUCAGGUGAUAUUGAAAAAGUAACCGGAUUCGCAUACUGGAGCGAUCCUCUCUUUCUUCUUCAAUUUUUACUCUCGUGCGUUAUGGGCUUCGUACUUUCAUACAGUGUGAUUCUGUGUACACUUUAUAAUUCGGCAUUAACUACCACGAUUAUCGGAUGCUUAAAAAAUAUUUGUGUUACCUAUCUCGGAAUGGUUAUAGGAGGAGAUUAUAUUUUUUCAUGGUUAAAUUUCAUAGGACUUAAUUUGAGUGUGAUAGGUAGUUUAGUUUACACGUGGGUCACGUUUCGGAGAAAGGUUGAACCUGCGGAAGCAAAAUAUUCUCCAUUGAGAGAAGAAAUCAAUUCGAAAGUUGAAAUUGUAUGAUCUUUAGCAAUCCUUCUCGUUUGAGGAGGAUCGAUUUUUAGCUAUCAAAUAAGCCACUUACGGAGUGAACGUAAAUUGAAUCAUUCGAAAAUACCCAAUUCCUCAUCAUUCUUUUUAGUAGAGGCACCGAUUAAAAUGAAAGACCAUGGAUCUACAUUUUUAAAUUUUGGAUGAGAAAUCUUGUUUCGUUUGUUGAGUGCAUUUAUUGACUAAUAUUCUAUGAUCAGUAUUUUCAAUUACCAAAUUUUUAACUCUUUAUUGAUGUAAAUUCUUUUUUUUAAGCGAGUAAAUUACUAUAGAGAAAUGUAUUUAAUUAUUUUCUCAUCAGCUACUUUUCUAAGUCUAGCUGAUGAUGUAAAGUUUGAUGGAUGUCCUUCAGAGAUAGGAAAUUUAUCUUUAGAAGCAAUUUUCAACCAUUACGCACAAUAGAUAGAAUUCAGUUUCAGCAUUGCAGAAUCAUUAUUUACAAUUUUACUUCUUAUUUUCAUUCCUCAUAAAAAUUCAGCAUAAUAAAAAUAUUUCUACAAACGAAACGCUAAUCAAGAUUCCUAUCGCCAGUAUUAUUUUCUAAUCUUCGAGAAAUUACUUUUUAUUGUUACUGCAAAUUACCUGUUAAUUGUUAAUGAACGAUUUGAGAAUUAUGUAUUUGAAAACAUGUCACGUAUCACUGACUAUUGUGUCAAAUAUUCAUAAGUGCAAUACAAAUUUAAUUUAACAACGGAAAAUCUCAUAGAGAAGUACAAUUUGCUCUGAAAUAAGAAUUGCUUUUAGUUCAUUGAAAAUCUCAUGAUAGACCAUAUUGUGGUUUUAUAAAUAAAUUAUUGCAUUGUGAAUGCAAAUGGUUGGAUAGACAAAUAAGCUGUCUAGUCAGGAAUAUAGACCGUCUGAGCUGCUUGCCAUUAUAAUUAUCUUACUUUAGAUUUUAGAGUACGUUCUAGUUACGUAUCUGCAUUCAGGAAAUGCCAAAAAGUUAUCUUCGAUAACCCAUAGUGCUUUCGGAAUAUUUAUUCGGAAUGGGCGUAAGCGCAUAAUACAAAUGUCAGAAAACGGAAGGCCCAGAUGUUGCAUUCCUUUCGUUUUCAAGUUAAAAGCAAUUGUGUAAAGUUUAGACUUAAUUAAAAAGAUAUUCGCAGGAAUUUUGUAAAAUUGCACAGAAAACACGAAAAGGAAAAAAAAUUUCUCUUGAUUUUCAAAAUUAUUGGCUGUAUUGAAAAAUUAUUUCAAUGAAGUUUGUAGAUUUCUAUGAAAUGCAUCCUUCUUGUUCGAUUACUUUUUUCAUUAAAACAAACUUUCCCGAAUAUUUCUUGCCUAUUUUUAUAUUUUAUUGUAGUUUUAAUAUUUUACAAGAAAGUAUACAAGAAUGUGCAGUUUUUCCAUUAACACAGUAUAAUAUAAAAUUAUAGUGGUGGGCGAAAACAUUUUUAUAAUACAACAAAUAAGUUUGAAGUAAAUCAAGAAAAAUAUGUUUUUUUUUCACGGUUUUUCCGGGCUAUUUUGGAAGAAUUCCUCAGAAUUUUUUUUUUCUUUAGAAUUAAAUGUUACAAGCUGCGCCCUAAUAUACGAGUAAAUACCAUACUUUUAGCUUCCUUUACCUUUACUGAAUAUUUAUUUUACACGUAAAUGUUCCUAGAAUAAAGAACCCAAAUUGUGGGGUUUAAUUGGCUUAUAGAAUUCAAUUUGAAAAUAUUUGUACAAAAUAAUUCUAAGUGUUGCGUAAUUAUUGUACUAAUUUAUAUAGGUUGAAUUGCUUUAGGUUGAAUUGCUUUAGCUUGAAGCAAAUAGGAAUGAAAAAAUAUGAUUAAGGGAAAUAAUCCUCGAUGUUUUCAUACAAUUUCUAUAAAUUGUAAAUAAUUGUACAUAGAAAAAUGUUAAAACUCUGUUAUUAUCGAAUUUUAAAUGCAAGGAAUUUUUCUUUUAACAAGUAAAUUUAUUAAUUAUGGUGCCUCUGGAAAUGGACUAUUAUUGAAAGCAGAAAGUAAUAGGUAACGAAAAAUCAAUUUACGAUCACUCAUUGCGGAUCUUCAAUUGUAAGAAAUCUCACUUUUUAGAUAAAUGUACAUAAUGUUACUAUUUAGAAUUUCAAUCGAACGAUUUUAAAGAAAAUAAUAAUUAUAUUUUUUAUAUAAUUAAAAUUAUAAUUUAAUGAUUUUUUAGGCCGGGAAAUAACAGUGAAAUUAUUCUUUGACCGGGAAUUUUACCAGUUUUUAAAGAUAAAUAUAUUCAGCUACUUGAAAUUUCACGAAUUUCAUAUCGCAUGGUAUAAUGCAGUUUAAAAUAAUACUUUUAUAUCUUUUUUCUUCUUUGAGAAAUUAUUUACAAAUUUAUAAUAAGUUCGAUUUCAAAUUUUUUUAAAGUUAAGUUAAAUCGUUAACUUUUAUAUUAUAAUAUCAGUCAGUUUACAAUGUAUAUUUCUAAAAUAUUCUACAUAACAACUUUUAUAUUCAAGAUGUGAAUAUUUGAAUAGUAUAUUUUUAAUUUAAAGAAUUUUGAAAUGCAUUUUUAAAGACUUGAACAAUUAAAAAUUAAAAGGAUAUAAAAUAAAAAAAUAUUGAUAAAAUUAUUCAGUUGAUCAACGGAACAGUAAUUAAUUCUAAAAUACGAUUCGUAAUCCGUUAAAAGUUAAACUGUUUCAAUUCGCAACCUUCAACAGUUAAGCAAAUGUAAACGUCCGUUUAAACCUUUAUAAACUAUUUUCAAUUUUAAAAUGAAUUCAAAUUCUAGAUUCAUAAUUGAACUCUUCUAUUAAAUUUAAAAUUAUAUUCAAAUAUUUUUUCAGUCUAAAAUAUUCCAUUAUUAAUCCAUUCAGUUUAACAUCUUUUAGUUAAGAAAGAGAACAAUCAUUUUGUUAUUAGGAGUACCUGUCUGUUCACUUAAAAUCAGAAAUUGAAUCGUUAAAUUUUCCAAUAGUUAAAUUUAAACUUGGAACGUUAAAAUUUCAAUUGCUCUAU